GUUCUGCCAAGAAACGCAGGAUUAUGGCAUAAAGAAGCGGAUGAAGAGGGAUGUCAGCACCCCUGUAUCUUCCAGUCAACAAAAUAGUUCUGCUGCUCAGAAACAAUUGAGCAGCACGCGUGGCUCGGAAAAGCCAAAGAUGUCACGAAGACAGCGAAUCGAGCAGAGGAGGAGACAGAUGUGGGCUAGUUGUGAUUGCGCUAGCAUGAGGGGAUUAUUCAUUGACAUGAGUUAUCCACGAAGCGCCUUAAGCAUAGGACGGAGCGGUAGAAGAGGACGGCGCCGUAAAGUAGGUUGCCGAGUUAUAUGUAUUUUCCUUAUUAACAGAUACAAGCACGACCCGAAGUGGGCCAGCCUUUUUGAAGCUGCUAUCGGCGCUUCGCCAGGGGGCAAUAGAGGUGACAAGAUUAGCAGCAAUCAAACAGGUACCACAACGAGCAGGAUAAGUGCAGUUGGUCCCAAUUCUGGAUCGAGUUUUGUUGGAGUAAAUGGCUCAGGUUCAAUUGGAAGUGGCGGCACAGGAUUGACGAGUAGUCAACCCUCCGGACCACCUCCUGCCGCAGGUGCUCAUAACGGUGCCAGUGUUAUUAACGCUGGUGGCGGGAGCGGUGGAGGCAGUACCACAAGUGAAAAUACCGGUUCUAAGAAUGUUGACUCUGCUAGUACCAGUAUCAAAGGGGGGACAUCGGCUAUUUCAUGGACUAAUGCAGGCGUUAUGACCAUCGGCGCGUCAUUAGGAGGCAAUGGUCAAAAUGGUAGUAGCAGAAACGGCCCUGUUGUCAGUGCCCAGACGCACGCCGCUGGUGGUGGUGAUAUAUCAGCGGGUGGUCUCAGGGUCUCUGGCACUGAAAGUGGUAGCAGUGGUACUAGCAGCGGUGCUACAAUAGGCUCGGAAGGUGGUACCCGCCCUACGAAUGCGGCGGUAAGCAGCACGGGGUCGAGCAGAGCGCCUUCCCAAAUCAUGACAACUUCAGGCAGUAUAAACAGGACAUCUGCUGUAGGAGGAGCUCUCAGCACCAACAGCGGCAACGGCGCCGGGCUAGUUCAAGCCAACAAGGCACACACAGCCCGGAUAUUGGUAGUGUUGGCGGUGGCUUAA